AUGCCUCCGAAUAGCUUCAAGAGAGGACCGUUCCCUCCACCUCCACGAAUACAGGCUCGGACACCAUCGCCUCCGCGUGAUUCUUACGAGCCUCUUAAUCCCGAAGAUGUCCUCGACUUCGACCGCUCAAACCAGCCACCCGUGGACCGAUAUACAAAUCUGACGGGGCGAAAGCUCACAAGCUUUGGCCUACAAGGGACAUACAAUCAUCUUGAAGUGGCGCAGAAUGACGCAUCUGUGAGAAGGACAGAUACAAAAAGUGGCCCUAGUAGGUCUCAAGUGCCAGUAUCUCCAAUUGAUGCACUUGCGAAUGCCGCGUCGUCCGCGGGCGCGAGCGCGAGUCCACUGCUUGAAGUUGGCCCUCCAACGCAAUCACCAACUUAUACCCACGCGCAGCAUGUCUUCGUACCGCAGCAGCCUCGGAGUGUAAAGCGGCGCACAGGAGACGGUGAAGAGCGACCUGCGAAGAGAGCCCGUUCAGAGAUGCUCAAAUCAGCAGUACACGCAAGUCGUGCCUCACGUCCUGCCACAAGCUAUGUGACUCCCCCGGUGGCCUACAAUGUGGAGCAAAUGGUCAACAACGGCAUGCGUAUGCAUAGGGAACCCAGAAGGCUCAGCGAGGCGGAAGAGCGUGAAAGGCAACAGGACGCGGAGCUCCUCGUCUUCUUCACACAGACGGCAUGCUUCAGGAAGAAUUCAUUUGACCAAAAUGCUCACAGGAGCAUCGUCGUUACUCGUCCAAGCGAAGAUGUCGUUCAUGACUCACCUCCGAGCGAAAAAGAUUCCUCCCACGACGCUAUACAAACGCAGACACCACCGGAAGAUGUCUAUUCUACUAGCAUACUCGAUGAGACUGAAAAGAAAGUGGAAGUAGCUGUGGAGGUCCAUAAUCCAGAGCGGGACGCCCAGAAAACAGAGCUUGCGAAGGACGUAGACGAUCAAGAUAUUCCAGGGCGGCCGCUCGAAAGCCCGAAUGCACAACACGAAGAUCCUAUACCAGACCAAUUGCAGUCGCCCAAGAGCCUUGGACAUGACAACUCCUACCAUGGACAACAGCAUGACAAACAGUCUGCGGAUAGCCACUCUUCUGAUGACAUGAAAAGCAUACGGCACGACCGGCGGAAAUCUGAGGCAAGUGCACAACUACAGAUCGUUACACAGAUACACGGCGGCCCUUCAUUAACGCGUGGAAUUUCCGUCCCACCUGAUAAUGCGAUGCUUAUAAGGGAGGCUAUGCUGGACAACACGGCCAUACAGGUGCCAACCCAUGAGACUGAGCCGGUGACUAUCUGCCCGACUUGCAGUUUCUCAAGCUCUAUGAACGGCGAGUUGAAAAAUUGGAUAGAGUGUUCUGGAUGUCAGCAAUGGUAUCACUUCGCUUGCGCUGGCUUCCGGAGCGAUCGUGAUGUUCAGAGGGUGGACAAGUUCUUCUGUCGGUCAUGUAAACCCAAAUAUGGACCAACAACUCUACUACGUAAAUCCAAACGCGCUCAUCCAAACGUUGACUACGCAGGCCUGAAUCAGGGUGUCAUAAGAACACCAGAUGACACCCCCGAACAUCACUACAUUCAACAUAUCAAGGAUGGCAAUUUCGAUUUCGAUUCUGAAACAUUCCCCCGCAUGCGCCCUGAACUCUUAACAUUGGACUACUUCGAGAAGAGUGGCUGUUUCACAGAACCCAUAGUCAUACCGGCAGAAUGGAAUCCGCGCCCCGGUGUGCUCGGCGAAUCUCGCGCAAUUGAUGACCAGGAAUCUUCUACCGAUCCUAGCACGUUCCAACUAGAUGACUAUGAAUACGAAAACUACCCUGAUGACGGCCAGGAUAAGCUGGACAUGGUGAUGCCCCAAGGUCUUACAGUACGUCGCGUAGCCGAACUCUAUGGCCCUCGAGAACCCGUUGAGGUUAUCGAGGUGAAAUCUCAAGAGGGCUCGGGCAGAAAAUGGGACAUGGGCCGUUGGGCGGACUACUACGAGGAUACCAGCGAAGAGAAAAUCAUUCGCAACGUGAUCAGCCUCGAGGUAUCUCAAAGCAAAUUGGGUCGACUCAUUCGUCGUCCGAGGGUCGUACGAGAAAUGGACCUCCAGGAUGCUGUCUGGCCACAAGAGGAAAUCGAUAAAGGUCUAGUCCCAAAGGUUCAAUUCUACUGCCUUAUGUCAGUCGCCGACUGUUACACUGAUUUUCAUAUCGACUUCGGAGGCUCAUCAGUAUUUUACCAUAUCAUCAAGGGCAAGAAAACAUUUUUUUUCAUUCCUCCGAAGCCAAAACAUCUAAAAAAGUAUGAGGAAUGGUGUUUGUCACCGGCGCAAAACUGGACAUUCCUUGGUGGUCAGACCAAAGAGUGUUAUCGAGUAGAUCUUUCCGAGGGCGACACGAUGCUCAUACCUUCUGGUUGGAUUCAUGCCGUCUGGACUCCAGAAAAUAGCUUGGUCAUCGGUGGAAACUUCCUGACUAGGAUGCAUUUUGACAUGCAGAUUAAGGUUGCCGAAAUCGAAAAAGCAACCAAAGUCGCUCGCAAAUUCAGAUAUCCACACUUUCAGAAGGUGAUGUGGUACUCCGUACUCAAGUACCUGGAGGAAGAUCCUCUACCGCAGACUGUCGCACAAUUAUUCUAUGAUCGCAAUCAAUUCCACCGAGAUGUCCCAAUACACCUACAGACUAACAACUUCGGACACAAUUCCGUAGCUGGUCCAGAAAAUUAUAAUGCACGGUACUACUCAAAGCAAGAAAUAAACAGCCUUCCGUCACUGGUCCGAUUCGUGCACCGCAACGUCAUGAUAUCUUUAGGUAAGGUUGAGAAUAUAACUAUGGAAACCCGAAAUGCAGUUUCAAAAUCUAUACCUAAGGGCCGUGGUGAUCCUCUCGAGAUCAUAAAGACGUUUGCGGCCUGGACGGCUUGGAAACGUGGCAACGAAGACUUACCCGAAUGGGCCCAUCCCGACACAAUGCUACCAGAAGCAGGUGAAUUCAAGACAGAGAAGAAGCUAGGCAUAUCCCGUAAACAGCCAGAACGCAAAAGUGGUGACUCGAAUCGGCCCGCUGGGUUCCUCUCUGAGCGACAGCAAGUCGGUCUACCUCCAGCUUCCAGUGGCACCUACAUAAUUCCACCGAACAUGUCAGAUCUGCCUAAGCAUCUUAGUACCCCGAAGACAUCGCAGCUCGGACCGAAGCGUAUCGCUUGUGAUGCUUGUAGGAAACGACGAAUCCGCUGUAAACAUAAGGACGAUGUAGUCAACGGUGGUGAUGGUUCACCGUCGAGCUCGCGCAUUGUAGAGCCUGUACAAGCCUUCGCAACACCCGUGGCGGCUAUCGUUGCCACGAGCCCGGAGUCUGUAAAAUCCCGUCCGCAUGGCCUAGGGACACCUUUUACUGGGAGCAAUCUAAUGCGGUCAGCCCAGCAAGCCCUUUCCAUGAGUGGAAGCAGUAGUCUGGUGGGUCUACCAUCGGAGUCUGUUGAUGGCAAGAAAGGUCGGAACAAAGCAUGCGUGGAGUGUCGCCGCAGUAAACGUCGGUGUAUCCACGAUGAGAACGGUGCUAUCGAUCCAGUCAAGGCCCAAGAAGCUAAGAUACCGAGGGGUACGACUAGCCACAAGAAACGACGAUAUAUGGAGAUAGUUGAGCGAUCGCAGCGCGAAAAGCAAGAGGCUGGAUUUACCUCUACAAGUGUUGGAGAGUCAUCACCCGAAGAUGUAAAGAUGGUCAACGGAAUUGAUACAGCUUACUCGUCCCAGACGCCUAAUGGCAUAGUCUAUGGGCAGUCCAUGGGCGAGUCGCAAUACGACCAGAGCAUGGACUACGAAGACGAGGAGCAUAAUGAAUUCGACCGAAACUAUGAAGACUUUGUCGUCUCUUCAAUUGAAGAUCAUAAUGGCGCCGGGCAGCCUGAAGCUCAUACACAGGAUUCUGUGGUAGAUUCAGCGAUCGAUCCGAGUCUGGCGGCAACUGCAUUCAAUCCGCCACGAACUCCAAAGCAGGAACAUGAAGCGCCUCCGAUAUCCUCACCAUUGUCAGACUUGGUCAAUUCAUCCCCUCGGUGCCAUGUCAACGGGUUAACACAAACUGCCAACCAUCCGUAUUACUCACUGCAAACUCCGCAGCCUGCAUCGAGCGCUAUGGCGCAAUCGCCUCCCAAUGGAUCAAGUGUUUCGUCGAUGAAAAGAAAGAGUGGCAGCGCUUCGAAGAAAGACGUCAAACCGUUCAUCCAGCACAGAAGCCCCAUUCAACACGAGCGUGAGACUCCAAAAACAGAAGCAGAGCUUUCAGAGGAGCAGAGUCUGAAACUAGCGAGGGAGCUGCAAGAAUCAGAGUGGGGUUUGCGUAGACGACGGGGGAGCAAACCCUCGGUCUAA